AUGAUCAGUGAGCACCGGCGGCGGUCAGGUGUCUACCGAAGCGCGCGUGAUAGCACAAUCUCCGUUGCCGGGACGCGAGAAGACCGCGAACGGCAACGCGGAGAGACGAGCCCGGAGUAUCGAUCUCCAGCCGGACACAACUUCGGCGGGGAAGUUCCGACACUAGCCCGACCGACGGAAAUUCGUACAUGUUGGCUUCACGACGCGGAGAAGUCCGCGCCGCUACUCGUAUUCAGCGCCGCGGAGAUGCCUGUGCCAUCUAAAAAGUCCGGGAGAGGGAAAGCAGUCCGCUCGAGCCCUCUAAGAAACCACCGAGAACCGACCCAGAACCUGAUGCUAGCCGGAACCCUUGACCGCGGCUUCGCUAGAUGA